AUGAAGUCGUCAUGCGGAGACAUUGCACUGGCGACUUACGUGGACACUAUAAGAUGUGAGAGGUCUGGCGCUCGGUGGCGCCGGGCCCGCGGUGCAUCGCCCGCCGUUGUGCAAUCGGCCUAUUUAUACCCGCCCUCUGAGCGUUUCGGCCGCGCGGAGAAAGUUCGCGCGGCCCCCUCCCGUAGCCGAGCCUGUCAGCCGAGAUACGACGAGCUUAACAUCGCAGAACACGUUAGUCGUAAUAACAGACGCACAGAGCGUCCGCGGUCGUUGCGACGAAACGAUCGACGUAAACCCCGGCCAGCUGACACGGAAGUCGACGUGGAGUUACGAGCCCACGCAUUGUUCCCAACGAUUGUUUUCCCAUUUCCACCCGCCGCUCCCGGGCGGCCGCGGGCGUCGCUCCUGCUGAUGACCGCCGGCGACCGUGCGUCGACCUCGCGCACCGCGCGGCCACUGGCGCGCCUCACGUGCUUUCACGCCAUCUCGAUUCGAAAUUCGAAUCGGAGAUUUUUUUUUCACGAAAAAAUAGAGACCGCUGACAGCCAGACUGCUGCU